UUUAUCUAUCAAAUGAAAUUCGUGAGUGUUUUUUUUCGUGUAGCAAAUUUAGACGCAGUUUCCCAGGCAUGGCCAUCGUCGUACGGAUCAAGUAUUCCCCGUAGAUUACGGAUGCCUAACCAACUUGAGCCGAAUUACUUGGAUGAGCCGGAGGAAUUCUCUCUUUGGCGAUUUGUGUUUAAGCUCAUUAAGAUUGCUCUUCUGCUGCUGUUGUGGGGCUUCUUUACGUAUAUUCUGGUCCGGAUUGCAACCACACCCGAUGAAAGCUCGGUGGUCACCAUAUUGCCCAAUGAAACUUUGCUACGCAUAGUGUCACUUCCGAAUGAUGCCGUCAGGAUAAGUAUGUGGGGUCCUUUUGACCGGCAUUCCAAAAGCGAGGAUCAGCCCCUUGUGGGUGUGCGGUUGGAGUGGCGGGAUUCGGGCCAGAAUAAGAUAUUGGAACGGUCCGACAUGUGGAAUAUCUAUCUGCUGAAGAACGAUGAUGAUAGUUUCGUGGGAACCACCAACACCUUGCACGUCUCUCGCACGAAAAUGAGUAAUGCCAAGAGCAUGAUUUCGCUGGAGGGUAAGAACGAUCGUCCAGUGUCGCUGCUCAUGGUGGUAUCCGUCUGUCCCCUGGUAACCAAUCAUGGAGUGAUCUACGCCUCCCUCCUGCUAAUUGGUCUGUACAUCCUGAUUGUCUUCGAGCUGACGGAUCGCACAUUCGCCGCCCUCCUGAUGGCCACCACCGGCAUAGCUAUUCUCACGGCCCUGGGGAAUCGACCGACCCUCCAAAAAAUCAUAUCCUGGGUGGACUUUGAGACCCUGAUGCUGCUACUCGGGAUGAUGAUAAUGGUGGCCAUAAUGUCCGAGACCGGAAUCUUUGACUGGAUGGCCGUGUUGGCCUAUAGGAUCUCGAAGGGUCAUCCCUGGCCGCUGCUUAUUUUACUGAGCUCGAUAACCGCCCUCAUGUCCUGCAUCCUGGAUAACGUGACCAUGCUGCUCCUCAUGGCACCCAUCGCCAUUCGAUUGUGCGAGGCCAUUGGGGUGCAGACACCGCUCGUCCUGAUCGCUGUGGUCCUCUAUUCGAAUCUCGGUGGCACCCUCACUCCGGUGGGCGAUCCGCCCAAUGUGAUCAUUGCCACCAAUCCAGUGGUCGAGGAGAAUGGCAUAGACUUUGCCACCUUCACCGUGCACAUGCUGCCCGGAGUUUUGUUAGCGGUGUUUGCCGGUUUCGGUGUAAACUAUCUGACUAUGAGGAAAUCCCUGUUCAAACUGGGGGAUCAACAAAUUCAGCUAACGGCGGAAAGGGAUGCUAAUAGGCCUCGGCUAAGUGCGGAUAUUUCGCUUCGAGUCGCCCAAAUGAGGGAACGUCAGUCGGCGCGGCCGUGCGUAAGGCCCUCGGAGAACUAUUUCGAGAUCCUGGCCCAGUUGGAGGCACAUCAUCGGAUUCGGGACAAGACCCUGCUGAUCAAGUGCAUUCUCACCAUGGCUUUUGCGAUCAUCUGCUUCCUGAUGCACUCAAUGCCCUUCAUGCCCGGCGCCACCUUGGGCUGGGUGGCCGUGCUGGCUGCCUUCCUGCUCCUGAUCCUGGCCAAGAUGAACGACAUCGAGACGAUACUCGACCAGGUCGAAUGGUCGGCCCUGCUGUUCUUGGCCGCACUAUUUGUGCUCACCGAGGCGGUGGAUCAGUUGGGUUUCAUCCAUUGGCUGGGCGAAUGUACGGUCAAGUUGAUCAUGAGCGUUGGGGAGCAACACCAGACGACGGUGGGCAUACUUAUAAUCCUCUGGAUGACCGCCAUUUUAGCGGCCUUCGUCGGCAAUGUCCCAGUGACGACGAUGAUCCUGCGGCUGAACAUCGCACUGCACCGCAACGAGGCGAUCAGGAUGCCGCUAUCGCCCCUGAUAUGGGCCUUAUCCUACGGCGCAUGCUUCGGCGGUAAUGGCACCCUGAUCGGGGCAUCGGCCAAUGUGGUCGCAGCUGCGAUAGCCCACCAGUAUGGCUAUAAGAUCUCCUUCAUUCAGUUCUUCAUCUACGGAUUCCCCAUGAUGCUGGUCACCAUUUCUCUAGCCAUGGUCUACCUCCUGGUCGCACACUCCGUCUUCACUUGGCACAGGACAUAGUUCAAAGGCCUUCUCAGAGUUGUGAUAGAUGGGGAUCGAAAUACCUUUUAUCUAUGUGUUGCUCCGACGAAAAGUCUUAAAUUGGGAGUUUGCGAUCCAGAGAUUUACCAUUUGAUGGGAGGUUUCUCCGUCGAUGGACUGAAGGUAUUGAUUUCUAAAUAAGGAUAGCCUCCUUGGAACGCCGCGAGGCCCAUAAAAUACUCAACAUUUGUAAAGUAUAAAGUGUAAUGUCAUCCAUUAAAGUUUAAUUUUUCUAAAAAUA